CAAUCCCCAUCAAUGGAGGUAAGACCCUAGAGAGUGGCUAAGGCUGUAAGGCUGUAAGGCACCCACUGCCAAGACCAGAAAGUAGAAACCUCAUGCUGAAGCAUUUAGGAGGAUGGUCUAAGCUGUCCUCCCCGUCCCUUUUCCUCGUUUCCUCCAACCACAACGCCCCACCCUGCACAACCCUGAAUCUGUGCUCGGCCAUUGGAGCUCCGAAACUGAGCGCUCAACAAGUUUUGAGCAUUCGAUGCAGAGCGAGACGGAGAGUGAGAUAUGAGGACGAAGAUGAAGGAGAAGAAGAUGAGUAUGGGCACAACGCUGAGAUUGCGAUGCUGGAAUUAUACAGCCAGUCUGCAAGAGGAGAAGCUCUGCUUGUGCAUGCAAUGGUGGAUGACCAAGAUGUGGAAGUUCUCAUCUUCAAGGGGUUCUCGUCAUGCUUGAGCUAUAGGACUUCACCAGACCCAUCAAAAAGCAUUCUUCCUGCCAGGGCAGUGAUCAAGUCCAUAGACAGAAUCAAAGGGCCUUUCAAUCCGUCCGACAUAGAAUACAUUGAGAAAGGCCUGGCAUGGGAUGCCUUCAAGAGUCGUCUCCAACCCAAUUAGGAAACAAGGCAUUCUUUCCCAGCAUUUUAGAAAUCAUCUACCUCUAUGAAGGAACAUCAAUGUAAAAAGGCUAAAACUUUCUGAUACUUCUUCCCCUAGUUUUGUACCGUGCGAAACCAUUCACGAUACUCGUUUAAAAGCUCCUUUUGGCA